UGAACGCAACCAACGUGUGCCGUAGCGAGUUUACUGUUUGAAAAGUCGAUAUCUUGUGCGGUUCAAAUAUAACAAGAAUAUAUGUAUAUAUACGUUCUUUUGUAUAAUGAACAAAAAUUUUAGUAUUGAAUAGGAUUCAGUACAGUUAUUUCCGAGCUGUUCGAACUUGGUGGUGAUACUUAACCUUAAAACUUGCUAAGAUUAUGUUAUGAAGAUAGACUUUUCUACAAAUUAUCGCUUGUAAAUACAGAAAAUAAAAUAAAAUAAAAUAAAGCAAGAAAUAUGUCGUAUUUAACGAGAAAAGAAAUAGACGAAAUGAAGCCGCAGAUUGAAAAAGCGGUCCACAAGUUCCUUGGCUUCAGUGAACCAGCAAUAGUAACUACUGCUGUAAAUUGUAUUACGUCUGGUUAUGACAAACGUAAAACAGCAGAUAAAUUAUCAGCAUUAUUAGAAGAGAAGAAAGCUUCUAAAUUGACAGAAAAAAUCUUUACAAUAUAUGAUGACACUAAAGCAGCUCAAAAAAGUAAGAAGAGGACUCAUGCCGAAGACAAGGAUAAAGACAAAGAUGCAAAGAAAUCAAGAUUCAGGGAUGACGAUGUAAAAAAUGAGAAACCCAUAGAGAAUCAAUAUUCUGAAGAUAAGAUCAGACAAAUGAUGGCUAAUGCACAAAGGGAGAUAGAAGAGAGGAAAAGAGCUUUGAAGGCAACAAACCAAGAAGACGUCACUGCAAAACCAUUGUUCAAAGGACGCGACGCGUUACCUACAGUAGGGAGCAUGUAUAAUCAAGGCCUACUGAGUAAAACAGAUUCAGACAAAGCACGGAAGAUAGCUGCAUUGCAAGCUCAGAUCAGGAAUAAGUUGAACUCAGGAGUGCUCGGUAAUGUUAGUGUGCCGGACAAACCGACGCCUUUAAUAUUGGACGAAUCUGGCAGAACGGUAGACAUAACGGGCAAAGAAGUGCAGCUCACUCAAGUGGUGCCCACUUUGAAGGCUAACAUACGCGCGAAGAAACGGGAAGAAUUCAAGGCUCAGUUGCAAGAGUCGAAAGGUCCGGAGGAGAUACAGGACACCUACUUUUUCGACAACAGAAUAAGAGUGAAAUCAGCGGUGCGCGGUAAACGUUCGCUGAAAUUCCACGAGCCGGGAAAGUUCCAGCAACAGGCGGAGAGAAUGCGCAUGAAAGCGCAAUUAGAGAAAUUACAAAAUGAAAUUAGUCAAAUUGCUAGAAAGACUGGAAUUAGUUCGGCGACGAAAUUAGCCCUUAUAGCACCUAAAAACGAAGCCCUCUCUGAAGACGUGCCUAAUGUAGAAUGGUGGGAUUCCGUCAUAUUAACCGGUGGAUAUCCUAACGAAAGCGAGCCAACGACAAUCAAAAGUUCGACUAUCACCAAUUUAGUGGAGCAUCCGACGCAAAUGCGUCCUCCAACGGAUCCUUUGAAACCGAUAUACAUGCCGGUUUUCCUUACGAAGAAAGAACGUAAGAAAUUGAGGAGACAAAACAGACGGGAAGCGUGGAAGGAGGAGCAGGAAAAGAUACGAUUAGGUUUAGAACCACCUCCGGAGCCAAAGCUGCGCAUUUCGAAUCUCAUGCGAGUUUUGGGAACUGAAGCUGUGCAGGAUCCUACUAAAAUUGAAGCUCAUGUUCGGCAACAAAUGGCCAAGAGGCUGAAAGCCCAUGAGGACGCGAAUGCAGCGCGAAGACUCACUGCUGACCAACGUCGCGAGAAGAAAGCUAGGAAACUGAAAGAGGACACCAGUCUCGGUGUGCACGUUGCCGUUUACAGAAUACGCGAUCUUACCAACAACAACGCCUCGAAGAAAUUCAAGGUGGAGACCAACGCGAAACAACUUUAUCUCACCGGUUGCGUGAUGCUGUUCCGGGAUUGUAAUGUUAUCGUAGUGGAGGGCGGGGCGAAACAAUUGGCCAAAUACAAGCGACUGAUGAUGCAUCGCAUUAAAUGGGAAGAGGAUAUAGUGAAGGAUAACGACGGAAACGACGUGCCGAACAGAUGCGUUCUCGUUUGGGAGGGGACGAGCAAACAGCGGCAUUUCGGCGACGUGAAGACUAAACUGUGCCCGAUCGAGAAGAUGGCCCGGGAGCACUUUAAAAAGCAUCAAGUCGAGCACUAUUGGGACCUGGCCUACAGCGGCGCAGUUCUCGAUAACACGGAUGACGUGCGCUCUUAAGACGCAAUCUUGUAAAUUAACGAGACGUACACACAUACAUAUAUAUAUAUGUGUGUGUACGUAUAUAUAUAUAGAUAUACAGCGAUAAAUAACUUCUGUACAACUUAAUAAAGCGGAAUGCUGCGGAAAGAAACAAACGAAUAAGGGAGAUGUAUCGGCGAUCAGUGGGACAUGAAUAAAAAAGAACAGUGACUUUGAAGACGUAUGUAUAUCUAGUUGUCACGCGAACCCACGUCCGAAUCUCGGUGAUAAAGAAAGUAACGUCACGCGCGGGCACGCCAGAGCGCGCAGCUUCCGAACUAAUGAGUUGAAUAUAUAGAUGCGCGCCAUAUUUCACUGUCCGAUCGCGCAUUGUUCCUCCACUUUCUCGCUUAUUUCGAAUUUCGACAAUAGGUAGAGACGCCGGGGAGAAACCUCCGACCGCAGCCAUCUCGCGUCGUCCCACGCGAGGCUCGCGCGAUUUAUUACCGCGACGACUAUCCCGUUGAUCUGCGCGCA